AUGACCUCCCUAACCUCCCACCGGGCGUCAUGCGGCCUCCGCCGAACGUCGUGGUCUUCCGCCCCCCCCGGCUGCACGCUGGAUAUCUGCGCCGUCGAGAUCUCAGUCUACGGCUACCGGCCGUCCCUUGCCGCCAACAUCACCUUCAUUUCCAUGUAUACUAUUGCUCCCGUGAUUCAGGCCUACCUCCGUAUCCGGUGGAAGCAAUGGUGGUAUGUGUCGCUCAUGAUGUACUACAACCCUUUCAGCUUUGCCGCAUUCGUGAUUCAGAUUAUAUGCGUCACCACAGAGCCAGUUUACUACUUCGCCGCCAUCUACAUCACCCUCGCCCAUGGCGCCCAGCUCUUCUACUACAUCUUCAUCCCCUGCGACAUCCUCUCCUUGGUCCUCCAAGCCGCAGGCGGCGCCUUAUCGACGACAAGAGCCGACUCGAACCAGGUCAGCGUCAACUUCGCGCUGGCGGGGCUGGCUUUUCCGGUCUUCACCAGCGGUACUAUGACGGCGAUGAUCGUGACACCCGGCAAAGCAGUUCGAUUGAGGCUCUUCUUCGGGUUCAAGGCCCUGGCCAUCAUCCCGACACUCGCGAGAUGCGCAUACCGUCUGGCGGAACUGCAUGAGGGGUAUCAGGGGAAGUUGAUUCGGGAUGAGGCGCUGUUUAUUGGAUUGGAGGGGGUGUAA